UGAUUUCUGAUUGGCUAAACGGGCCAGCUGUUAGAGAUUCAUUCACCAUUUUGUGAUUGUAGUGUAAAAGGGAUUCAGUUUUUCCUCCUUUGGGUUGCUGUGAGAAGAAAGAUAUGUUUUACCAAGGAAGAAUAAAGUAAACCUUGACAAGCAACAGCCAUGGACGGCAGUGUAAUUUUAAUACAUUCCCUACUGUAUCGACAGCAAACAGCACCGUAAAUCUUUUGGGUCCUGAAAAGCCCAAGGACAGAACAGGAGGCAGAGAGACGGAGGGAGAGAGAGAAAGAGAGAGAGCGAGGGGGCGGGGGAAAAAAAGACGCGAGAAACUGCGAAGAAAAGACUCUAACAAAUAAGAGUGACAGGGAGCAGAGGGACCCCGCUGUGAAGAACAAGAGGGCUGAAAGGAAGCAAAUAAGAAAAGAUGAAGCCUUUGAAAAAGCAAGGUAGGCGGUCUCCCCCGUCAACCCGGGCCAAGGGGGGGAAGAGGAGGGGGGCGGCGGAGGCGGCGGGCGAGGGCGAGCGGAGGGAGAAGCAGCAGGCUCCGGACCCCGAGGAGCGCACGGAGAGCGCGGCGAACAGACAGACCCCGCCCGGCUCGGAGCCCCGCCGAGAGGAGCCCGCCGUCAGGUGCGCCCCAGCCCCAGACAGGGAGGGCCAGAGGGGCGGAGCUAGGCCGCGAGAAGCCGCUGAGGACUGUGGGAAGCCGGAGGACCAAGGGGUGAGCCCCAAAGCCGGGGGCACGAACGGCAGCGGCAGCAGCAGCAGCGCGGCCAGCACCAACAGCAGCCCCAACCCGCCGUCCAGCCGCAAGACGGCCACGUUCAAGGCCAGGGUGCCCAAGAAGAAGUACACCUACGAGCACUGCACCGCCAGCGCCUCCACCCCCCCGCACAACAGCAACAGCAACAGCAACAGCAACAACAACAACAACAACAACAACAACAAUAACAGCAGCAGCAACAGCGGCAGCGGCAAUAGUGGCAGCAGCAACAGCGGCAGCGGCACCAGCGGCAGCGGCAACAGCGGCAGCGGCAACAGCGGCGGUGGUGUUCCCAGCGCAGGCGGCCAGUCGGUGGCGGCGAGCGCAGCCAGCGCGGCGGCCAGCGAGGACAGCACGGACACGGACGCGCACAGCCACGGCAGCGGCCCGCCCGAGGACCGGCGCCCCGACCGCGGCCCCCUGGGGGAGGGGGAGGGGGACGGGGAGGGCCCCCCCAGCUCGGUGCGCUCGUCGGACUCCACGGACACGGCCAGCGAGCACUCGGCCGACCUGGAGGCGGCCCCCGACCCCGCCCGCGACCCCGACCCCGAACCCGUCUCCCGCCACAGCACGCGACCCCCCUCGCCCGUCCUCCCGCCCCGCCCAAACUCCACGCACCGGGACGGGGGCCCGCAGGGGGGCCCGGGCGAGGCCCUGGCCAAGUGGCUGAAGAACCAGCGGGUGCUGGUCCGGCAGCAGGCGAGGGGGCGGGACCGGGAGGAGCCCGGGUGGGGGGCGGGGCUGGCCAGCGGGCCCCCGUCGCCCGUGUUCCGCGUGGGCGCGGUGCGGCAGGUGGGGGGCGAGCUGUGCACCGUGUGGGUGCAGCUGAACGGGGAGAGGGUGCUGUGGCACUACCCCCUCCCGGACAGGACGUCCCACCAGCGAGAGGCGGACCUCAUCCUGGACGCCCCGCCCCCGGGCCUCGCCCCCGUGGACAUCGGCACCAGGGUGUGCGUGCCGUUCGGGGGCGGGCGGGAGGGCGGGGAGGGGGCGGAGCAGCUCUACAGGCAGGGCGUGGUCUCUCAGGUGGACCCCCACCCCGCCGUGGCCUACCCGUACCGCGUGAUGCUCUGCGAGGACAGGGAGGUGCUCUGGGACGCCGCCGCCGGGGACGAGGAGAAGAGGAGGGCCAGCGCCCAGGCCGUCUGGGUGUCCCGCCAGAGCCUGCGCCUCCUCGCCCACCCCUGGGAGCUGCCCCAGCCCGAGGAGAGGUGGGAGGGCGGCGAGAGGGGGAGGAGGAGGGAGGAGAUGGAGGCGGAGCCCAGCGUGUUUCAGCUGAGUGACGGGGGGUCCAGGACAGAGCUUCCCUUCCACACCUCCUCCUCCUCCUUCACCUCCACCAGCGUGCUGAGCCUGGCCACAGACAGAGACAGAGAGAGGGAGCGAGAGAGAGAGAGGGAGAGGGGUAGGGAAAUGGAGAGAGAGAGGGAGAGGGAGAGAGAGAGGGAACAGCAGAUGCAGAAGCAGCAGGCUGUCCAUCCCCAGACCCCGGAGGAGGACAUGGAGGUGUCCCGCCUCAGCAUGGCCCAGCUGCAGGAGGGGGGCGUUGCCAGCGGGGUGGGCGGGGCCCCGCACAGGCACAUCCUCUCCAAGCCCCCCGGCUACCCGGGCCCCCAGCUGUCCGUAGUCCGGGGCGUCGGAAACCCCCUGGGCGGCCCCCCGGUGGCCCACCUGGCCCUCAACCCCCUGGCGGGGCUCCACCCUCCGCCCUCGCCCGUGCUGCAGGGCCCCGAGAGGCCCGGGGCCGUGGGCGUGGACCCGCACCACCCGCCCCCGCUCCCCCCCUCCUCUUCCUCCUCCUCCUGCUCGUCCUCGGCCCGCAGCUCGCUGGGCGCCCAGGACAAGGCGGGCGCGCCCGGCGGGGGCGCCGCGGGCGGGGGCUCGGGCUCCACCUCGUCCUCCUCCUCCUCGCGCUCGCGCACGCCGCUCACCGCCGCGCAGCAGAAGUACAAGAAGGGCGACGUGGUGUGCACGCCCAACGGCAUCCGCAAGAAGUUCAACGGCAAGCAGUGGCGGCGGCUGUGCUCGCGCGAGGGCUGCAUGAAGGAGUCGCAGCGCCGCGGCUACUGCUCCCGCCACCUGUCCAUGCGCACCAAGGAGAUGGAGGGCGGGGCCGAGCGGGACCGGGGCGGGGGCGGGGGCAGCAGCUCGGGCACCGUCACGCCCUCGGACCUGCGGCUGGGCGGCGGGCGGGCCAGCAGCGAGUUCGACUGGGACGACACGUCGCGGGACAGCAGCGAGGCCAGCAGCCGCGGGGGGGACUCGCGCCCCCGCCUGGUGCUCCCCUCCAUGCAGGACCUGUCCCGCUUCGACUUCGAGGAGUGCGAGGCGGCCAACAUGCUGGUGUCGCUGGGCAGCUCGCGCUCGGGCACGCCCUCCUUCUCGCCCGUGUCCAACCAGUCGCCCUUCUCGCCCGCCCCCUCGCCCUCGCCCUCGCCGCUCUUUGGCUUCCGGCCCGCCAACUUCAGCCCCAUCACCGCCUCGCCCGUCCUGCCGCACCGCCGCCACCGCCACCUGAGCGGCACUGGGGGCGGGGCCACGCCCAAGCUGGGCACGCCGGGGGCGGAGCGGGAGCGCCACCCCUCGGGCAUCCCGCCCUCCUUCCAGACCAGCCUGACCUUCACCGUUCCCAUGAGCCCCAGCAAGCGCAAGCCGGACGCCCCGCUGCCGCCGCCGCCGCCGUCCGCGCAGGACUACGCCAAGGCGGAGCUGGAGCACGCCGAGCACGGCCUGGGCCUGGCGCUCAACCCCGCCGCCUUCCACGCCAUGUCCCCGCACGGCCAGCAGGGGGCGCCCUUCUCCCGGCCGCGCGGCCUGGGCAGCCGGCCCCCCUCCUCCUCGGCGGCGGCCUCGCCCCCGCCCAUGCUGGUGUCCCCCACGCCCCCCUCGCCCCUCCCCCAGGACCCCGCCCUGCGCCGCCUGGUGCCCGCGUCCCAGCAGGCCCCGCGCGACUCGCCCGUCAUCGUGCGCAACCCCGAGGUGCCCCUGGCCAAGUUCACCGAGCGGCCCCUGGGCCGCGGGGGCGGGGCGGCGGGCGGGGGCGGGGCCUGCUCCAGCGAGCACAGCCAGGCGGCCCAGCCGACGGGCGGGCUGCAGGUGCCGGUGCCCAUCAACGCCGCGGCGACCAACGGCACCGUCCUCCUGCGCAGCUCCGGGCCGGCGCUGGUGCUGGUGUCCUCUGCGCCCUCCCUGCCCGCCGCCGCGCCCCUCAGCCGCCCCGCCCAGGCCAGCCCCGCCCUCUCCUGCAUCUCCGUGUCCAGCCCCGCCGUCGGCCCCGCACUGGCCAGCGCCGGCUCGGGGGGCCGGGACCGGGGGGGCCACGCUGGAGCCUUCGCGGGGCCCCUGCAGCAGCCGGUGGCCUGCCACCCCUCCCCCACCGCCCUGCUGCCCCUCAUCCUCCCUGCCGAAUCCCCGCACCCCGCCCCGCGCAAGGACAUCAUCAUGGGCCGUCCCGGGACAGUGUGGACGAAUGUGGAGCCCCGGUCAGUUCCUGUUUUUCCUUGGCAUUCAUUGGUCCCUUUUCUGGCACCGAGCCAAUCAGAAUCAUCUGCCCAGCCGACUGACGGCCAACAGCCUGUAGAUCAGGCUCAUACAACCAAUCCGAGCAAAGAGCCACAGUGUAGCACCGCCCCGGCCGCUGACGGACGCACAGACUCCCCAAAGGUGGAGAGAGGAUCACCGUCUCGCCCGCCCGCCACCACGAACAAGUCCCCCCCUCCGGAGAGGGAGCGGGAUAGAGAGAGGGAGAGGGAGGCCGAGAGACAGAGGGGGGACAGCGAGACCGAGAGUGAUGUGGACGACCCGUUUUUUUCGGGCGUGCUCCCUGACGCGGUGCUGUCGGCGUCACCCGGGAAGAGGCGCACCCAGUCACUGAGCGCCCUUCCCAAGGACGACAAGAGCAGCCCAGGGAAGAGGGAGAAAGACCACAUCCGACGGCCCAUGAACGCGUUCAUGAUCUUCAGCAAGCGCCACCGGGCCCUGGUGCACCAGCGGCACCCCAACCAGGACAACCGCACGGUCAGCAAGAUCCUGGGGGAGUGGUGGUACGCGCUGGGGCAGAAAGAGAAGCAGAAGUACCACGACCUCGCCUUCCAGGUUAAGGAGGCUCACUUCAAGGCCCACCCUGACUGGAAGUGGUGCAACAAAGACAGGAAGAAGUCCGUCCCUGAAGGCCGGGGACUCCCCUGUGGCAAAGAUGUGCGGGAGAGGAGCAUGUCCGAAACCACUGAGCCUCAGCCCACCUCGCUGGGGGCGGAGCUGAAGGGGGCGGGGCCCGGUCAGUCAGGUGCGGCCGAGCGGAACGCGGGGGCGGGGCUCAUGACCCAGCUCACGCGCCCGCGAGCCUUUUCCCAGAGUGCCGUGCACACCCUGGAGAAGAGGGAGCGGGAGCGGGGGAACGUGCAGGCCCUGGAAGAGCUGAUGUCCCGGGACGGUGGGGGCCAGAGCUCAGGACGUCCCCCGCCCCUCUCCCAGUCCCAGCGCGGAGCGAGCGAGGACAUGACCAGCGACGAGGAGCGCAUGGUCAUCUGCGAGGAAGAGGGCGACGACGAUGUCAUCGAUGACUCCUACCCGGGCAGCUCCAUUGACCUGAAGUGUAAGGAGAGAGUGACCGACAGCGACAGCGAGAACGUCUCUGCAGACGAGGCCGACGGAAAGCGCUCCUUUGCUCCUAUGAUCUUCUCCUCCUCUGCCUCCUCCCCCUCAGUCUCCCUCUCCUCCUCUCUGGGGCGGAGCACCCCUCUCUCCUCCUACCCCGAGGGCAAUGGGGGAGGGGCCUCGGAAAGCAGAAGGAAGAGAGGGAACGAGGGCAGAGGAGGAGGGGGAGAAGGAGGGGAAGGCGGAGGAAGCAGCAGUACCAAGGAUGGAGUCGGAGCUGGUGGUGGAGGAACAACCGCCACUCAUUCAGGCCCCGCCUCCAGCCAGUCCCUAAUGGCCGGCUCUGCCGCUGGCACGCCCCUCCGCUCCCCAGACCCCGGCCCCGGCCUCGCCCUCGCCAACCCCCUGGGCCUGUCCCCCAUACUGGGCGUGGGCCGGGUGGCCUCCACCAUGGUGACCAACGUGGUGCGGCCCGUGGUGAGCACGCCCGUGCCCAUCGCCAGCAAGCCCCGCGAGGGCGGGCCGCCCCUCAGCCCCGUCACCGCGGAGAGGAAGCCCGCCCUGCAGCAGCAGCAGCCCCAUGCGCAGCUGCUGAUUGGAGCAGCAGGAGGAGGAGGAGGCGGGGCAGCCAGAGGGGGUGGGUACUACUCCUCGUCCUCUCCCAACCCCGUGAGCGUAGGCGCCGUCGGCCAAGGGGGGCUGGUCACCAACCUGGUCCUCGGGAACGCCUUCCCGGCUCCGCCCACCGUUCAGCUUAUAACCCCUCCCCAGCUGACACCCCAGCCGCUUCCGGCCACGCCCUCCAGCCAUAGCAACGGCCCCUUGCCCCUCCCCGUACUCCAGUCCCAGUUCCUUCCCGCUGCUCAGCUGGCGUCUUCGUGCGGCAGCAAGGCCAUCACGCAAGUCCAGUACAUCCUGCCCACCCUGCACGCCAGCGCUAACCCCAAGAGCCCCUCCCCCCAGCAGCCCCUGCAGCCAACCAGCAUCUUCACCCUGCCCACAGCUCCGCCCACUCACGUCUCCCUGGCCAACGGGAAGCACUCGGGGGUGGGGCCAGGAAUAGCGUACGCCACCAGUCCGGCGGCAGUGGGAGUGGUCAGCCCUGGAGCCAGAGUUCAAGCGCAGUCUCCAGUCUUACAAGGCAAGAUGGUGGUUCCCAUGGCGACUGUGAGAACGGGCUCCGCCCCCCCUCAGCCUGUGCCCCUGGUGGCCCCGGCUCUCCCGGUCCAAAAUGGCACCCAGCCAGCAAGCAAGAUCUUCCAGAUUGCACCCAUGCCGGUCGUCCAAUCCCAGCUGCCCUCCGGGGGUGCCGUGCAUGCUGGGAGCCCCUUUCCUGUGUCUGUGGCAACGGCGACGAUGAUGGCUUCAGGCCCCGCCCCUUCACAGACGGUGCUACUUCCUCCGCCACCAACAAGGAUCACGUAUGUUCAGUCCACCCCUGGAGUCCCCACCCCUCUGCCAUUGGUCUCCACGGUGACUGGGUCCUCCCCUCAGCCAGCACAGCCCCCUCCUGCCCCGGCGUACAUGCCGUCGCCCCUGGCAACUCUGGGCUUCACAGCCAUCGCCCCAGCCGGGCAGACCUUGGUACAGCCCCUUAUAGCAGGCCAGCCGCCCCUCCUGGCUCCAGCACAGUCUCCCUGCCCCCCGCUCACCUCCCUAUCCGCCCCUGCCUCAGGAGUCGGGGGACAAAUAGUCACUGCCAUUUACCCUCCCCCUAGCGUCACCCUGGCGGCGGGGGUGGUCUCCGUGACGACGGUGCCCCCCGGCGGGGCGUACGCGGCCCCCUCGCCCGCCUCCCCGCACAUCCUGCCCAAGCACGCCGCCGCGCCGCCGCCGGCCGACCCGCAAGCGGACGGACAGACGGACAGGCCCGCCCGCGCGCAGGCCGAGCCCCUGGCGGAGGCGCGGCCGGAGCCCCCCGCCCGGUCCCCGACGGACGGGCGGGGCGAGGGGCAGGCCUCCGUCAGGCCGGGCGGCGCCCCCAACGGCGUGACCGCGCCGCUGCGGCCCGGCAGCCCCACGCCGCCCCCGCACACGGCAGGCAGCGCGCUAGACGCCCCCAAGCUGCCCCCGGUCGCAGCAAGGACCCCUCAGAAAGUGAAGGCCGCGGUGGCCAGCAUCCCCGUGGGCAGCUACGAAGGAGGCGGGCGAGGAAGGGAGAAGGAGAGAGAGAGGGAACGAGAGCGGGAGAGGGACGGCGCCCUCGGCGGGCGCUUCUCCUUCGAGCCGGAGCGGGUCGGGGGCACCGGGUCCCCCCUGCCUCGUCCUGCCGAGGAGGGCCCUUCGGCGGGACGUCCCGAGGGCCACAGCGAUGCAGACGGCCCCGGCGGUCGCAGCAGGGAGGGAGGUGCCAAAGAGGAUUCCCUGCCCUCCUCACCCUUGCCCCCACCCUCUGGGCUGGACACCCCACUGCCACCCCCACAGAAUGACAAGGACGCCCACCUGCCAAAGAAGGCGAAGUCCCGCCCCCCACCACUCAAGAGGACCUUUGACUCUGUGGACAAGGUCCUUUCCGGAAUGUACUUUGAGGAGCGCUUUGCGGAGCUGCCUGAGUUCCGUCCAGAAGAAGUGCUCCCCUCCCCCACCCUGCAGAGCCUGGCCACCUCCCCCCGCGUCAUCCUGGGCAGCUACCGCAAGAAGAGGAAGAACUCCACCGAUCUGGACUCCUCCACGGAUGACCCCAUCUCCCCCAAGAGGAAGAGCAGGCGCCGCUCCAGCUGCAGCUCGGAGCCCAACACGCCCAAGAGCGCCGCCAAGUGCGAGGGGGACAUCUUCACCUUCGACAGGGCUGGCACAGACUCGGAGGACAUCCUCGGGGAGCUGGAGUUUGAGAAGGUGUCCUUCUCCUCGCUGCGGCGCACUCUGGACCAGCGGCGCGCCUUCGUCAUGCAGCUCUUCCAGGAGCACGGCUUCUUCCCGUCAGCCCAGGCCACGGCCGCCUUUCAGGCGCGCUACGCGGACAUCUUCCCCACCAAGGUGUGCCUGCAGCUGAAGAUCCGGGAGGUGCGCCAGAAGAUCAUGCAGACCAACGCGCCCUCGGAGGCGGGGGGCCCGGACAGCGCCACCUCCUCCCCGGGGCCCUCCAAUCCCCCGCAGGGGGAAGCCGGAGGGGCGGAGCUGGCCGAGAGGGAGGCGGAGCCAGAGAGAGAGGGCAGCCCCAAGGAUCAAAAGAGCACCAGCGAGUCGCAGGAGUCCACCAGAUGAGCACCCAGAGCACCUCUCGGUCCUCCCUUCUCCCUCUCGCUUGCUUUCUCGGUAGACAGGGAGUUUUGGAAAGGCUGCGCGAGAAAGCAAAGGAAUGGGACGUCCUUACAAAUGUACCCGCCCCCGCCCCCCACUGACACUGAAACUUGGCCAGUGAGCGACCCUCAGAAGACUGAGCACUCCACAUGCCACUUAAAUAGGCACACCGUUACUAUCACCAUUGUAACUGUCAGGCUUUCUUUGUCGUUUUGUGUACUGUUAACACAAGAGUGCGGUCUAUAUUCACAGGGUCUCGAGCACCAUUGUCAUAGGACUUGACUGACUGGAGAAGGGCUUUUAAUGGCUUCUGAAGAGAGGUGCGAUCUUUCGCCGCCUCUCAUUGGCUCCACCGGUUUGAAAACUCAAGUUGCUGACGAGCAUCAGUGUCAGGUUAACAUUAGUUCUGAUGUAGUCAACUGCUCUCCUGUGAUUGGCUGGAGCUGACUGCAGCUCCUGUCUGUCAGCUGUGAAUCUCCAGCCAGGAUGGAGGGCGGUGGGGGAAGGCGGUCUGUGGGCUUUUAACGGGUCAAAUUAUAACGAGAGCCUGAGUUCAGACUCAAACAAACUGCAGCUGCUCUGCAGUGACCUAAAAAAAUAAUGAAUAACAAAAAAAAUAGAACUGAGGAAGGGAACACAGUAGUAACUCUUUCCUCUCAAGAUAAGUGGAGCUUUAGUUAUAAUUAUAAAAAAGAAGAGAGAACCUACUGAGUUGAUUUCACUGAGUCCACUCACCUUUCUGACGAUGUUAUGAUUGUUAUUGCUGAUCCUUUCGGUGUUGGUGUUGCGGAUUCUCGUUCUGUGUAGAUUUAGCAGCAUCCACUUCUCAUUAUUUUUCACCAGAAAAUGAGGGGAUCUGUAACAAUCACUACUACCCCCCCCCCCCACGAAACUCCCUAGGUCUUCCUUCUGACCUUCCAACCCCCCCCCCCCUUAUUUUAGUUUUUAUUUUAUUGGGGGGGGAAAGGGGCUGGAAUAUAAAAUUUUAAAGUUUUAAUGAAAAACAAUUAUUUUUAUAGGUGUAUUAAUACUCCCCUUUCCUCUAAGCGUUAAGCUUCAGAUUCCCACCCCUGUACUGGUCCCUCCCUCCCCCUGCUCCUUCUCUUCCUUUCCUCCCCUGUCCCAACUGCUUGUCACUUUUUCUUCUCUGUUGUUCACUUUACAGGGGGCAAUAAGAGGAAAUUAGGUUUGGGUGUUACAGUAGCAAAGUCUUCAUUGUGCAAGACUGGUCUGACCCAUAGAUAUUUACUGUAGAGUCAGAAGACUCAUCAGAAUAAUAUAAAUGAUAUUAAUAAGAUUCAUAAUUGAGUGUUACAGACAUCAUCAAAGAAAUUACAAUUGUAAAAUAAAAAAAUACAAUUAAUUUUUAUGUAACUACUUGUUUUUGCUGAUAAAGUAAAAAAAAAAAAAAGAUAUAUUAUAUAAAUAUAUAUGAAAUAUUCUGAGUGUGUAUCUGUACCUUUCAGUAUACAAAUAAUGUUCAAAUAUGUAUGAGUGAGUGUAUGUUUCUUGUACUAAAAGACUGUACAAUCGGAAGUUGUCAAACCUUUCUGUUCGCAAAUGCCAGACGCACUGCUAUAUAGAGAACAAUUAAAACAGGGUUUUGAAGGAUGAGACAAUUUAGGUGAAGUCGGAUGGUGUGCAGUUUUGUUUUAUUGUAUUAAUUGAAACUUUGACCGAUUUUUAACAUGAAAAAAAAUCCAAUUUGCAGUUUCAAUCAUGCAGGUGCAACAACAUGCACAGACACCUGUAUGUGUGUACUUUGUAUGUAUGUAUGUAUGUGUGUGUGAAAUAAAUUGUUCUUAUUUUGAGAAGGAAUUUUACAAUGAGACUGAUGGUGAGUGAUAGUUCCUAAACGGGGCAUGUUGACCAUGUGCAAUAUUUCUUACUUAAAAAAAAAAAUAAUAUUAAAGACUUAACACAGCA